UGCAGGGCCACGUGAGUUGCUGAACUCCUGCAUUGAGAGAAGUGGCUGAAAUGCCACCCAAAAGGUGACAGAGGCACAGCUCUGUGAGGACCUGCCCCCUGGGCACUCUGUGAUGCACCUCCCAGCGUGGAUGCCCUCCCUGCCCACCCUGCAGGCCAGCACAGCAAGGGCUGGUUCCAUCUGACAGGGGGCAUGAGCACAGCACGUGAGCAGGGCUUGGAUUAACUCCCUCACCCCAAAGUGACGAAGCUCCUCCCCAGAGCAGCCACGAGGACCCAGUAACCAAACCCCACACACGGAUUCCAGGGGCUGAAAACACUUCACUGAAGCACCUGAGGACAGGGUGGCUGCAGGACAGGCUGAGGGACAUGCUAUGGUGCCAGGGCCCGCAGCACAGCCAUGACCAACAGCUCCAACUGCACAGAGACAGACCUGAAGCGCUACUACGCCAUCACCUACACCGUCAUCCUCGUGCCCGGCCUCAUAGCAAACACACUGGCCCUGUGGGUCUUCUAUGGGUACAUGAAGGAGACUAAAAGGGCCGUGAUUUUUAUGAUCAACUUGGCCAUUGCCGAUUUACUGCAGGUUCUGUCCCUGCCCCUGAGGAUUUUCUAUUACCUGACGGGCACGUGGGAAUUCGGGGGAGGGCUCUGCCUGCUCUGCUUCUACCUGAAGUACGUCAACAUGUACGCCAGCAUCUUCUUCCUGGUGUGCAUCAGCGUGAGGAGGUACCUGUUCCUCAUGCACCCCUUCAGGUUCAGCGACUGCAAGCGUGUCUGCGACAUCUACGUCAGCAUCGUGGGCUGGGUCGUGGUCUGCGUGGCCUGCCUGCCCUUCCCGCUCCUCAGGCUCGACGAGAACAACAAAAACGCCUGUUUCGUGGAUCUGCCCAUCAAGGAGCUCGACCUUCCCACCUCCAUCACACUGAUGACAAUAGGGGAGCUGGUGGGCUUCGUGACACCCCUGCUCAUCAUCCUGUACUGCUCGUGGAAGACCACCCUGUCGCUGAAAGCAAAAAACUCCGCUUCCCACGACCUGGGGGAGAAGAAAAAGGCCUUGAAGAUGAUUCUCACCUGCGCCCUGGUGUUCCUGAUUUGCUUUGCACCCUAUCACAUCAGCUUCCCCCUGGACUUCUUCGUGAAGACCAAGCAGAUCAAGGGGGGGUGCGUGCAGAAGGUGAUCUCGGUGUUCCACGCCGUGGCUCUGUGCCUCGCCAGCCUCAACUCCUGCGUCGACCCCGUCAUCUACUACUUUACUACGGAUGAGUUCAGGAGACGCCUCUCCAGGCAGGAUCUGCACGACAGCAUCCAGCUCCACCACCUCAGCUACACCAGGAAACACUCCAGGGACGUGCUGGUGGAGGACACCACGGAAUAGCAGCGCUGCCCUUCCCCACACAGCUGCCAGCACUUCAGGGAUUCACUGGAUUCUGGGCUUUGGCCCACUGUUCUCCCCACCACUCAGGCAAACUUCUGCUUUCAGACAGGGUUGGAAUAAACAAACAAACAAACAAACAACAAAAAACCCCACCAAAACCCAAGGAUGUGCAACUUCAGUUGCAAUUUUUCUCUUAGUAUAAAUAACAGCAUUUCCAUUCCUAAGCUGGGCAGGCUGGAGCAGGGGGAGGACAAGGCCCCGUGGCAGGAGUGAUGCUGUGCCCCGUUGUCACCUGUGGCACUUCCCAGCCGUGUCCUGCUCGUGCACUGCAGCAAGAGGCAGCAAAGAUUUGGGGCUCCUGCUCUGCAGAAAGAAUUUGAGCCAAAAAAAUUACAGGACAACACAAUAUUCUGUAUUUCUGAAGCACAAGACAAUCCAGCAGGGACUAACUCAUGCCAGGAGCCUCCAGCCACAUUGACCAUGGAGAAAAAAGUGGCCCCAAAGGACUUGCCAUUUAAAUAAUUAAAGAAACCUCCCUUUUGGGGUGUAGCAAAUGACAGAGCCUCAAGUCACAUCAUUGAACCUUCCAGACACUGUUUUUGUGCCAUCAGUUCCCAUUUCUGGCUGGAAAGUCACGUGGUUUGGAGCCAUGUCAUGUAUGGGGCUGUGUCUGGAGCGUUGUUAAUUUAGGCUUUCAGAUUCUGUUCUCACCAAAAAUGGGGCAAAUUAUUUCCCUUUCACUGAUAACUGACCCACAGAUCACAUCCACUCUUCAUUAACAGUAGAAGGAUUAAAACACAGUCAGAGGAUCCAAACCUCUCCAGACUUGGCUUUGGAACUCCCUGUGAGCAGAGUCAGGGGUGCCACACCUCCUUGUAAAAUGUAUUUUUCUGUGAACAUUUGAAAGGUUAGUUACAGUUUGAAACAUAAAAUGCUGUGACAGUCUGAGUUUUUAUUUAUGCCAAUGUUGUUUUAUAAUUUAUAGAAAAACAUAAAUAUUGUAGGAAAAGCAUGUGAAGCCCAGAGAGUGUCAGAACACAGAUUUUCCCCUUUUCUUUUCAAAAACUCUUCUAGAUAAUAAAACAAAACUCCACCACCUCAUCUCUACAGGAAUCUGAGCCACUUCUAUACCUGAGUGAAGGCUGAGAAAGCACUGCUAAAUCAAGGAAAGCACAGAGUUCAUUGUAAUACAUUGACCAUAGUGAAAAAAAUAUUUAUUUUUGUAUUUCCUCUUGUAUAUAAUUAAAAAAAAAAUCCUUUUUAAAAA